AUGGCUGAGAUCUCGAGAACCUUCCCUGCUGCGCCAGCAUCAUCAAAGCAAUCCCACGCGCGUGAUCCGCGACGUGCUUCGAGACCAGAAAUUAGUGAAUCCACCACCGUCCCUGCCGUGUCUAACGUUCCGAUCACACCAGCGCCGUCUGCGAAACCCAAGUCACAUGGAGAAAAAUUGGCUGAAAGCCUAGCGAAUCUGUCAUCGGAGGUCUCAAUUGCUACAUCACUCAAAAAUGAAUACGCAAAGGCCAAGAAAGCCCAGGUCGGCAUCAAUCAAUACUAUGAGAAACUCCGCAACUUGAGUCAAUUCCCUGCCGCAAGGGAUCUCGUUGGUCAUAUUCGCGAGAUCCAAAACAAAGACGUCGAUAGUCUCAAGGAACAACUGAAUGUGCGCAACCAGAAUCAGAAAAAUUUAACGAAACGUGCGGCUGCGCUGGUAGAUGCGGAAGCAAAGAGUGAAAUUACCCCCUCGGAGGCGCCCAAAGAUGUUCAAGCUGAAAACAAAUUCAUCAAGCAAUCUCUCCAGAAUCUCAAAACCGAUCUUUCAAAGAUCGUUAGAGAGACCAGAGAGGAUCUCUCAAACCUUACCAAAGAUUUCAGAGACAGUCGUGCAGGAAGCGACAGAAAGACCGUGGAAUUGCAACGUGCCUCGGAUUCUCAUUCCAAGCUACUAGAAACCGUCCAAAGACAUCAGGAUAAAGACUUUAAGUCGAUGAACAGAAUUCGGGAUCAAGUAGACAAAGCGUUUGAUGAAAUCAAGUCUACCAAUGAUCGCAUCAAUUCUCUACCGUAUGAGCGAUCGCCUGCGAAAUUCCGAGAAUCUCCGCGACAAAGUGUUGACCGUCAAAACAAAUCCAGUGGUGUUGAUCAGAAAAGUUUGUCGGCGUUGGAAGAUCGUGUGAAGGCUCUUGAGUCAUCUCAGACUCGGAAUUAUAGCACUGCACCAGAACACGAUAUGCUGGCAAGGAGCGUCGAGAAGAUUGCUAUUCGUCUUGAUAGAAUCGAAAAUGGAAGCCGCUCUGUGCCCGGAACCACGGUUCAGCCACAAUUUCCGUCUUCAGCCCUUGAGGGAAGGAUGGCAAAGGCUGAAGAAAAUAUAGAAGCCAUCAAGGAAAUCAUGGAAUUCAAAGACAAAAUCUUGUGUGACGACAUCGAAGCCAAGCAGAAACAGAUGGCGCAACAGUUGGAUGAGACCGUCGGUAAAAUCAAGGCCGAAGCAGCUUCAGAUCUAGAGAGGGCGAUUUCAGAGGUGAAGGCCAGUGCGCCAGUCAAGCAGGAUGUAACUUCCAGUCAGGGAGAUCCUCAGCUAUUCAAUGAACGGUUGGAAUCUGUAACGAUCGCAUGCCGCUCGUUGGAAAGCCGUUAUGCUUCCGUCACUGCGGAGGCCCUAGCCCAUCAAGCGAUACCCAUCAUACAUAGCCGGUUUCCGGACCCUCAACUACUACACGGUGUCGUGCAGAGAUUCAACGUCAUUGAGAUGCAUCUUGCACAGCUCUCAAGGCUUCGAGAUCUUCCUCAAAUUGUCGAAUCUCAUACCCAACAUUUGGCUGCCCUUCAACAAGCACAAACCACUCAACCACGUACAAAUAGCGAGCCAAACGCAUUGAACAAUAUCAACUCUGCUGCGCUUGCUGAAAUGCAGAAGAAAUGGCAGGAGAUUGUGCAAAAAGUGGGUGAACUGCAGAAGAAUUAUGCCGAAUUCAAGGAUUUCGACAGUAAGCUGUCCUCGUGCGUCGCAGAAAAUCAGAAAAAGCACGAUCAGCUACACCAGAAAUUGGAUGAACUGAACAAGGAAAAGGAUCUGGAAAAGGCUCGGGUGGCUAGCGAACUUUCUGGCGUGUCUGGCUCCGUGGGUGAACUCAAAGUUCAAGUACUAGCGCAGAAAGAUGAACACAUAGCUCUAACCCAAUCGACAAGCAGUCAACUACAAUCCGUUGAACAGAGCCUUACCGCACGAGUGAAGGAAAUAGAAGAUUCAAUCCAGCAUGUUGAGCAGAAAAUAAGCGAAAAGCUGAUUGCAAGUGGACUGGAAGACGCUAAGCCAAUCAUUGAGAACUUCGAAGUAGCGCUUCAACAACACGUCGAGAGUUUGACCUAUCAACUCGCUCAAUUGGAGGAUAAACAAAAGGCCACUGCGCUAGAAUUAUCUGAUUUUCAAAGAGUCGAAGAUGAUGAAUUUAGACACACUCUUCAAGAGCUCGUCCAUAGGAUUGAUGAUCUAGAAGACGCCAGGGAGUCAAUCGGACGAAUAUUUCACGACUCUAAAUCACCGGGAUCAGAGCGAUCUCGGUCACCCUCACAGUUAAGUAACUGGUCGGGUGGUCCUUCUCGAGACGAUGACAAGGAGAACAAUGUCAGAGCAUUCAACAAUAACAGCCGUGGCCUGCCUCCCACAAAGAAGAGGAGCAAACGAAAAUUUGCAAAGGUAUCGGGGCCAGAUAUUGAAUCACCAAAGGCUGCUUCUCUUGGAGGUACUCCGCCUCGUGGACCAGCAUCCUUGAUUGAAAGAACAGGGCCGCCCGCUUUCAAAAAGCGACAAAGAUCCAUUAUGGAUCUAGUGGACCAUGUCGAUUGA